AAUGUCAAAAGACUACAGUAUUCGCCAUCCGGUAUUCCGGUAUGAAGUUGUUUUUCCGAAUUUCCCACAUUUGUAUUCUAUAAAAUUAUUUCCAAUUCUAUGACUACAUGACAGAUCAAAACGUUUUCAAAUAGAAUUUUUAUUAUACAUUGAAAUUAAAGAAAAUCGAGCUUUUUUAGUUUACCGGCAUUUCUUAUAAGGUUCAAAGACAAAAUGGAUCUGCUAGAACAAUAUCUUAAUAAUAUCAGAAUUCCUAAAUCUGGUGACAAAGUUUAUAAAGACGAAUGUGUUUAUUCAUUUGAUAAUCCGGAAUGUGAAACUGGCCUUUACGUGAGUCUCUUCUCUUUCAUUGGCUUGGGACAUGAGUAUCUUGAGAAGUAUUAUAAUAAAACAGGAGAUGCGGUUUUUCUGCAUAUAAGGAGAGAAAAAAGUGAAGUGUGCUGUCAACAGCAAGGAGAUGGCCCAGAGAAAAAGAUUACACGAUUAGCGAUUGGAGUUGAAGGAGGUUUUUCUGCAGAUUCAGGGAAGAAAUAUGAGUAUACCGAUCACUGUAGUAUUGUUAUAUUGCCAUCACACACUACAAUUCCUUGGCCUAAUUCUGAUCUUCCAGAAAUUGUUAAAAAUUCUGUUGAAGCUAUCUUUGAAUUGCCGUCAGCCAAUAAGUUAGCGGAGUUGGAAUCUUUGAAAGGUACUUGGGAUGGAGAAGCAAGAGUUGUAUCAAAGCAUGCUCAAAAUCUCCAACAACUUCAAAAUGGCAAGAAGAUACCUCCAUCGGGAUGGAAAUGUGAAUUGUGUGACAAAACCGAUAAUCUCUGGCUCAACCUUACUGAUGGCAUAAUUUUAUGCGGAAGGAGGUUUUAUGAUGGCUCGGGAGGAAAUAAUCAUGCGGUUCAACACUAUGAAAAAACUGGUUAUCCUUUGGCGGUUAAAUUGGGAACAAUUACUAAAGAGGGAACAGGGGAUGUUUAUAGUUACAGUGAAGAUGAUAUGGUUGAAGACCCCAAUCUUGUUCAACAUCUUGCUCAUUGGGGUAUAAAUAUUGCCAACAUGGAGAAAACGGAAAAGUCUAUGAUUGAACUUGAACUGGAGCUGAAUCAAAAAACCAAUGAAUGGUCAGCUUUAACCGAAAAAGACGGCAAGUUGAAACCUCUGUAUGGACCAGGAUACACAGGAAUGGUGAAUAUGGGAAAUAGUUGCUACUUAAACAGUGUUAUGCAAGUGCUGUUCUCAAUUCCCGAUUUUAUAAAAACUUAUUACGAAGAAAGAGAGAAUUUCUUGAUCCAAUACCAUGGGGACCCAGCUGAAGAGUUCAAUAUACAGAUGUCGAAGCUUGGGCAUGGUCUUCUUUCUGGGAAAUAUUCUGUGGCACCUCCGCAGAAUGACUCCGAAGAUUGUUUUCCCGAUGGUGUUUGUCCCUCCAUGUUUAAAAAUUUGGUUGGUAAGGGUCAUCCCGAGUUUGCCACUAAAAAACAGCAGGACGUUCAAGAAUUUCUCCUCCAUUUAUUGACCCUUUUGGAACGAAACACUAAAAACAUGGAUAAUCCGGGAGAUUGCUUCAAAUAUCAGAUCGAGGAACGCUAUCAAUGUAGCGAUUCUAAAAAGGUCAAGUAUCUGACCAGGUCAGAUGUUAUUUUACCCUUAAUGAUUCCCAUGGACGCUGCGAUAAACAAGGAAGAGGUAGCAGCAUACGAAGCUAGAAAAGCGGAGUUAGAAUCUCAGGGCAAACAUAUAGACCCGAACCUCCUAGUUAGGCCGAAGAUCAAAUUUUUCUCCUGUCUGGAAAGUUUUUCACAAUCCGAGGUGAUCAACAAUUUUUACAGUACUGCCGCUGGAAAAACUGUUACGGCUAGGAAAACGACCAGAUUGGCAUCGUUCCCUGAUUAUUUAGCUAUUCAGCUGAAAAAAUUCAUGUUGAGGGAAGAUUGGGUUCCUAUCAAACUGGACGUGUCUGUCGAGAUGCCUGAUGAGAUCGAUUUUUCUGCGUUGAGGGGUAACGGCCUUCAGCCCGAUGAGGAACUUUUACCCGAACCAGACAACCCACCUCCAAUGCCCCCAAUGGAUCCAGAUGUACUUAGAGAACUUUCCGAAAUGGGCUUCCCUCCAGAGUCCUGCAAGAGGGCUCUGUUCCACACCCACAACUCGGGGCUGCAGGCGGCCACCGCAUGGAUAAUGGAACAUAUCGCCGAUUCCGAUUUUUCCGAUCCCUUCGUGCCCCCAGGAACUGAGAACUCCAAGUUCAAUGCAGAUCCUCAGUCCCUGGGCACGAUAAUGUCGAUGGGAUUCUCCGAAGACCACGCCCUGAAGGCGUUGAAGGCCACCGACAACAACGUGGAGCGGGCCAUGGAUUGGAUAUUUUCGCAUCAGAGCGAGUUGGAGGGGAGCAGCACGCCUUCUCAGCCGGAGUUCAAGGAUGGAAACUCGAAAUAUAAACUGGUUGCAUUUAUUUCUCACAUGGGGACUUCCACAAGUGUUGGGCAUUACGUUGUUCAUAUACUGAAAGAUGAUCGCUGGGUUAUUUUCAAUGAUGAGAAAGUGGCGUUGUCUGAGAAUCCUCCAAAGGAUCUAGGUUACAUGUAUUUUUAUCGACGUGUCUGAUGAAUAUAGGUUUCUUUUUAUAAAUCAUUGAAUGUGAAUAAAAAAUACUUGCCGAUACUGAUUGUUUUUUGAAUUGGUCAACUGUGUAUUGUGUGGAACGAGCAGUUUCUUGAUAAUAAAAUUUUGAAAUUGUU